CAGCAGGAGCUGGAGGACGAGGACGAGGAGGACGACAACGAGCCCCUUCAGAACCAGCUGCGAGCGAGCAAGCUUGUGGAGCCCGGACAGAUGCGGCCAGAGGUCGACCUGGCUGUCAACGAGUUUGCAGCGAAAAUGAGCUCGGCGUUCAAAUCGGAAAUAGGCGACAAGGAGAUCACUCAGCUCGGCGAGGCGUGUCUGGCUGAAGAGGAGGCGCACCGACACAUGGAUGGCGCCGGCGGCGACGGCAACCAGGCACUGGCAGAUUCGCUACCAACCUUGGGUCUGAAGGUUGUCAACGCUGUGGACAACGGAGAUGACAGCGAUGGGUCGGCCAACGAAAAUGAGGCAGCAGAUGCCGCUGAGGAAACCACAGAGCGGUGCAUUGUGCGCAAUGACGAAGACGAUGACAACCAGCCGCUGGCAACUCUGUCGCGGCAUCUCAGCAACGGCAGCAUGCAGCCAAGGCAGCAGAUGCUGGGUCAAAACCUAAAUGUGGUGGUCAUGUCGGACAGCAUGUCAGCUGCAAACACCCAGCUGCAGAGCAACAUUGCCGAGGAUGGCGGUGACGACGACGACCAGCCCCUGUCGAGUCUGCUAGCGCCGGUUCAGGACACGGUUGGUAUUGACGAGUUCGGGUACCUGCCAUUGCCAGUUCCGCCAUCCAUCACAGAUCCGAACGCGGUUAUAGCGAGCACAAGCGAGUGCAUUAGCCCUGGACGUGCUAGCUUUGGCGACAGGUCGAUGUCCCCGUCGCUGUCAUCUGGCAUCGUGCGCAAGCCGUCGUCCCUGUCGCGGUCGGUUAACAUUGCUGGCGACGUAUCCCCCAAGGGCAUCGCCAUUGAGGGGUUUGAUGUCCCCACAAACCAGUCGACGCCCAAUAUCCACAACGGCGGAGACCGCCGCUCGUCGCUGCUUAGCAAGCAGCCGUCUAAUCUGUCUGGCUACAGCCUGCCUGUUACCUCGGCAGCGAUGGCCAUGGGGCAAGACCAACAGUCUUCCCAAGUCGCUGCGGAUUGCGCCUGCAGCCGGUGGAAUCAGUGCUACUCUGCCCUCCAUGUCGCAUGGCCGCACGUCGUUUGGUAUUGCUGCCCAGGAUGUGAUCGCUGAAGACGAGAACGAGAUCGACGCUGUCCAGCCAGCACCCGAGCCCGCUGCAGCCGCUGCGGGCCAAAUAGCCGACGAUGGAUUGGUGGAGUCCAGGGAGAUCGAAUUUUCCGCCGACAUUCUAGACACAGCGCAGCUGACUGGCGCUGGAAGUGUUGGGCGGCCAUGGGCAGCAGGCAGCGUGUUC